AUGCCUGCACCAAACGAAUUCUUCUGUAAUUGUGCUCGAUACUGUAAAGCACGUAUCAAAGUCAGCAGGACCACCUACUACGCACAUGCAAAAUUUUGGCUACUGCAACCACCACCACAAGAUAUUCAAAUCGCUCAGCUUUACAUCAAUGCUCUUCGAUCUAUUGAACUUGAUCAGAGUGGAUUAUCGGAAGCUGCACUGGAGACUCUCACUCACCCCCCGGAGCAUUCAAUUGAAUUCGGGGACUCAGAUGAAGAGAAAGACAUCCUAUUUUCUCUCGACCUGUUUAUAGGUCUUGUGCGUGCUUCUGAAAAAGAAUAUACAUCAUCUCGAGCUGCUAUACAACUUAAAUCACAAAUUGCAUCUCUCACCGGUAUUCAUCCUAUUACUCAUGACAUGUGCCCAAAUACAUGUAUGGCUUACACUGGACCAUUUGCAGACCACGAGUCUUGCCCUCGAUGUGAUACCUCGCGAUAUGAUCUGCUUACAAACCGCCCUUGCCAACAGUUUUACACCUUACCACAUGGGCCUUACAUUCAGACGCUCUAUUGUGACUCCAAAACUGUGCAAUUACUUGGACACUUUGGGGAACAGCUUCAAUUACUACUAGAGCAGGUCCGGCGAGGAGAGCCUAUCGAAGAGUACGAUAAUAUUUGUUGUGGGAAGGAUAUACUAGAGGCACUAUCAAGUGAGAAGAUCUCUUCGAAUGAUGUGUUUCUUAUGGUUUCAAUGGACGAGGCCCAGCUGUAUCGGAUGAAGGCUUCAGACUGCUGGAUGUAUAUUUGGAUACUUGUUGGAUUUUCACCAAAUAGACGUUAUAAGAAGAAGUAUGUUGUACCCGGGGGCGUGAUACCAGGUCCAGAUGCUCCAAAAAUCACUCAAUCAUUUUUAUUUCCCAGCCUAGCACAUAUCGCCGCAGUGAACAAAUCUGGCAGUCUGCGCAUAUGGAACGCCUACUCAAAUAUCAUCAGAUCCUCAAAACUUCUUGGUGUUGGUCACACAGGAAAGAAUGGCUGUCGGGUAUGGUGUGCCAUGUAUUACCCUGUAAUGUUCAAGCCUGAUGCCUACAUCAUGCCUGGUUGUGACUUUAAUGACCUCGCACCUGACAACGAUGACUUACAGGUUAAUCGACGCGAAACUGGCAUCAAAAUACCAAGCAUCUUCCUUGGUCUACAUCCAAAUACCUAUCUCGGACUUUCGAACAUGUUUCCAGGUGACAUUAUGCAUCUCAUCCUGAACCUUGCCGAUAUCCUUAUCCCUCUAUGGCGUGGAUCAGUUUCCUGUGAUCGAGGUGAUGAUAUUUCCACCUGGGUUUGGGCGGUGCUGAAGGACAAAGACACAUGGGAAAAAGGCGCUGAUGUUGCGAACUGUACUCCAUAUCUACCCGGUUCGUUUGACCGUCCUCCACGUAACCCCGCCGAGAAGAUCAACAGUGGUUACAAGGCCUGGGAGUUUCUCCUCUACCUAUUUGGUCUGGGUCCUGGACUAUUGUACAACAUACUCCCUCUCGAGUAUUGGAAUAUCCGCUAUAUGUAUCAAUACAAGAUUACACGCGACCAACUCAAAACCAUGCACAUUCUCCUUAUUCAAUUUGGUGUCGAGUACGAGCGAUUAUAUGUACAGCCUCCUGAGGUUGAGCGAUGGAAUAUGGAACAGUCAAUUGGUAAUCUUACUGAAGAAAUUGGUCAAGACUCUAAUCCUUACAAGAAUUUAUCUGAGCGAUGUCUUCCUGCUGUUCCCGCUCUAGACAGUGAUCAUGACUUAGAAAGAAAGACACCGCGGGGAGGACUUGACCUUGGGAACAAUUUCAUCCUUCUUUGCAAAAAGGACCGAAGCCCUCGUGAACUGGAAGUGCAUGAAAUGACCGCACUUCAGGCAUAUGUUCAUGACAGUGUUCCUGCUCACCUAAUUCCCAAUGAUUGGAAGGCUCGACUGCGCCUUCCUACAGGACAGAUAGCGUGUUCUAUGUGGAGAGAAUCCUUAAAGGAUCAAAAGAAAAUAAGGCGGGCACGAGAUGUUAAGCUUAAUUGCAAUGGCAAACUUGAGUUUGCGGAAGUCCAUUUCUUCUUCCAUCUGGCUAUCACCGAAAAUGACACACGUACACUGGCAAUGGUUACACUUUAUACCAAACCUAAUCCUUUACUUCUACAUUUGUCUUCUAGUGCGCUAUGGUCAUGCAAACAUGGCGAUGUUGAUGCCACAAGGGUAGUAAAUGUCACGGAAAUUGAGGCAGUAAUAGCAAUGGUCCUGCAUUCAACGGAGUUUUUGGGAGAGGAUUGGAAAGACUGUGUAUUUGUUGUUGAGAAACCAGGUUUAGAUGUUGCAAGGAUGAGUGGAUUUGUCGAGGACAAAGAUCCAGAGGAUAAUGAGGGUGAGGAUGAGUGA